AUGCCAGCCGCGGGUACCACUGACGAAAAUGGAAGAGGUCUGGAAGGAAUGCACACUCAGACUAACCAUGAAAAAGAAGACGAGCCAGAAGCAGUACUUGCCUACAAAAUGGCUCAAUUCAGAAGUAACAAAGAAGAAAUUUUUGAGUUAGGAAUUCUGACCUGUAACAUUCUCGACGAAAGCUACUCGACGGUACAGACGUAUUUGGGAACGUCUUUAGAAAAUUAUGGGACCCUGAUAUGUAUUUUCUCACGCCCGAUAUGUAUUCCUAUUUAUUUGAUUUAG